AAUUGCUCUCUUAUAAGGACUUGGGCUUGCCUUGCUUAUACUCGACACAUAGUUCCUUUCGUUCUCCCUUUCUUUGUCUUCGUCUUCGGUGCUCAGCGCUCAGAUGUUGUCUGUUCUUGUUGUUCUUGCGUCAUCUGUGACUUUUGUACCUGUAGCUCUCGCGCAGUCGAGCGCAUGGGGCCAAUGUGGUGGUGUCGGUUGGAGCGGGGCAACGACUUGCGUGUCAGGUUAUACGUGCACCUACUCAAAUGAUUACUACAGUCAAUGCAUCCUCGGUGCAGCAUCUUCUUCUAGCGCACCCGCUUCUUCCUCUACACAACCCACUUCAACUACGUCCACCGGUGCUACUUCUACUGCGAGUUCUCCCGUUGGGCCUGAGGCUACCGCCACGGCUUACAGUGGCGUCAACUACUGGUUCAGUUUCGGCGAUUCGUACACCCAGACUGGUUUUGAUAGCACUUUGACACUUCCUUCUCCCGAUAACGCGUUCGGAAAUCCGGUAUACCCCGGUUAUACUGCAACUGGCGGACCCAAUUGGAUUGAUGAAGCUGCGGCCGUUUCCAACAACUCCCUAGUCCUUACAUACAACUAUGCCUACGGUGGAGCUACCAUCGACGCUAGCCUCGUCACUCCAUACGAACCAACCGUACUCUCCAUGACGGACCAGGUCAACGAGUUCCUUGCACAGCCUAAUAUCGGGACGGGAAGCAAGGUGUGGACGAGUGAUAACUCGUUAUUCUCAUUCUGGAUCGGCAUCAACGAUAUUGGUAACUCUUACUAUGAGUCUGGGGAUCGUGAUGCGUUCUCGGAUGUCCUCUUGGACGCGUAUUUUGCACUCGUACAGAAGACUGUGAGUCCCUGUACCGAUGCCGGAGCUCGUAACUUCCUCUUCCUCAACGUCCCACCGGUCGACCGCUCCCCUCUUAUGGUACCCCAAGGAACCGCCGCCACCUCCCUCGAAAAAUCCAUGAUAACAUACUACAACGCCCAACUCGCCGUCCGCGCCACCAACUUCUCGUCCACGCACACCGGAGCCCAGACGUGGGUAUGGGACGCCAAUGCGGCUUUCUCUGCUAUAUUGGAUGAUCCUACAGCCUAUGGAUUUGUGGAUAAUACGUCUUAUGGGGGGACGGAUGAUUUCUGGGGGAAUAACCUCCAUCCUGCGAGUGCGGCGCAGGUGAUGUUUGGAGACGAUGUGGCUCAGCUUCUCAAUGGGACUGUGUGGUGAUCAAUGCCGGCGUUCAAGAAGUUCCUGCGACGAUGCCGCAUGCGAGCGUGAGUACCGUGACUGCAACGAUUUAGUACGGUGUGUAUGUGAAGUGGCAUACGCGCCUGUGCUCUCUGUAACUACCCGAACAAAAAUACGUGGCCAACACUCAGUGCGAGUAUUGCAAGCAAG